AUGGAGGAGAAGGAUGAGGAGCUGCCACUGCAAGAGGAGGAGUCAGAAGUGCAGGAGCAAGAGGAAAAUGAUGGCGAUGGCAUCGGCCAGGACACUCAAUCAUCUCCUGAUGAAGAGGACCUCACUCUUGAUGACGCAGAUCAGAGUUUCUUGCUUGAAGCUGUUGACAGUGUUACCCAGGAAGUGAUCAUAGAGCAUCCUGAUCCUUCAUCAUCAACUGAACCCAGCUGUAGCACAAACCUAGCUUGUACAGCUCUACCUGUCAAACCUUUGAUGUUCUAUGGCUUACCGAAACGUAAAUGUACACUCCAGACUUCAGCAGUGAACUCAGAAGAAGGAGAGCAACUGCCUCUGCCGAAAAAGUCGCGAUCUAGUUCAAAAACUCAGUCAGUGAUCACUGGUUUUGACUUUAGGUGGAAAAGGGGAGCAACUAAAGUCAUAACAAACACUACUGUAUAUGACUAUGGACAAGUGAACUUGAAAUUAGAUGACUCUGCAGAUAUUGAUGCUGUUGAAGUCUUUGAACAAGCAUCUGAUUUCAGCACUUUAGUCUCACUCGUUGUGGAGCAAAGUGAGCUUUAUAUGAAACAGAAGGGCAUUCCAUUCCAGACAAAUGCAGAUGAGCUUCGAGCCUUCUUUGGAAUAUGUCUUGUUAUGGGGUAUCAUGUUCUGCAAUCGAUCAGAGACUAUUGGUCUACUCAGCCAGAUCUUCAGGUACAAUUUAUAGCAAAUACAAUGAGUUGUGCUCGAUUUGAAGCAAUUCGCUCUUCUUUGCACUUUGCAAAUAAUGAGGACAUGUUACCUAGAACUCAUCCCCAGUGUGAUAGAGCUUUCAAAGUUCGUCCAUUGAUAGAGCACUUCAAUCGAUGUUUUCAGGCUGCGAGAAAUCCAAGCAAGCAACAGUCGAUUGAUGAGCACAUGAUAAAAUAUAAAGGUCAAAACAUCAUAAAGCAGUAUAUCAGAAACAAGCCUGUGAAAUGGGGAUUCAAGCUAUGGUGCAGAUGUGAUGCUAUCUCAGGCUACCUUUAUCAGUUUGACAUCUAUACUGGACGAAAAACAGAUACAGAACAUGGUCUUGGAGAGAGUGUCAUUGAGAAGAUCUACCUUUGUGGCACAGUUCGUGUGGACAGAAAAAAUAUGCCCAAAAACUUGAAAGCUGACAAAGAAAUGAAACGAGGAGAUGUGGAUACUAUGAGUGCAAAUGGCAUCACAUGUGUAAAAUGGAUGGACAAUAGAUCAGUGACACUGUUGUCAAAUUUCCUUACAUGCAAAAAGGAUGAUAUGACGCAUGUGCUAAGAAGGCAGGCAGGAUGUGCAGAAAAGCUGCAUAUUCCAUGUCCAACCAUUGUUACUAUUUACAACAAGUACAUGGGGGGUGUGGACCUGAUGGAUCAGAAAAAAGUGUCCUAUGAGACAGACCGGAGGUCAAAAAUAAAGUUUUAUUUGAGGAUUUUCUUUGACCUCCUAGAUAUUGCUGUAAACAACAGUCACUGCAUUUAUAUACAAGCAAAUGAAGAGAGGCACCCAGAGUGCAAAGCAAUUACACCACUGGAAUAUCGGCAGAUGAUAGCAAGGAGUCUGGUGGGUGGAUACUCUAACAGACAAAGAAAAGCUCCGUCAGCGCCAGUCAGAAGUUCACGAAGUGUCCUUCCAGCACCAAAGCCGAAACAUUCCAUGAUUAGAAGCGAUAGACGCAAACGGUGUGCUCAACGUGCCAAACAUGUGAAUGAAAAUCGCACGGACAGCCUCUGCGACACAUGUAAAGUGCACCUUUGUUACACAAAGACACGCAACUGCUUUGCUGACUAUCAUAGCCUGAACUGUUAG